AUGUCUUCUCAGGGCAAUGGCGUGAUAAUGGUCGCUGACGAUGGACCCAGUCAACGACCACCCAAGUCGUUGGCAAAAGCAUGUCUGGCCUGUCGGACCAAGAAGAUCCGUUGCGACGCUGUAAAGCCCGAGUGUGGAAAUUGUGCCAGUCAGAAACGCGAAUGUAUCUAUCGGAAAGAAACUCCACGAAAAAGACCUACGUUUUCUCAAAUUGCAAAAUUGCAACGAGACCUGGCAGCUCUCAAAGUGUUCCUGUUGACUCUCAAGAGAAGUAGCCCGGAGGAGCGGGAGAAAUUACUCGACGCAGCCGUUGAUGAAGAUGGGGCUGUCAACUUGCUAGACUCUACUGAGCCUGGCCCUCCGGAAGAGGCUUCAUCACGAAAGAACACAAGUCAGCCCAUUGAUAGAAGUGCUACUACACCAAUAGUAUCAUCAGAUGAUGAGUUAAAUAUUGCCAACUUCAUAUCCGUCGAUGAUGCUGGCACGACAAACAGCUUCGGUCCAUCGUCUGCUCUUCACAACCCGGCAAGGAACGAUAGGGGAACACCAUCAUCCCGUCAAUCCACAACAACAACAGAGCACGUCAAGAACGAAUUAAUAGCCAAUGCCGCUUUGCAACGGCAUCUAGAGCACAGACUCACCAGACACGCAACAAUUGCUGGAGAACCAACAGAACUUGCACUCCAUCUGCUAAACUUGCACUGGGCUCGUCAGCAUCACACUUUUCUACUGACAUAUCGGCCGGUUGUUAUGCGAGACUUGGAAUGUUCUGGCCCAUAUUGCUCUGCUUUCAUGCUCAAUGCCAUAUUCGCAUGCUGCAGCAAGUUCUCUCCGCGACCUGAUGUCAGGGACGAUCCAGAUGAUGCGUCCAGCGUUGGCCGUCGUUUCUUCAAGCGCUGUGAUGAGCUUCUCAGCAGUGAAUAUCUUCUCAUCAGACCACAUAUAUCCACAAUUGUUGGACUUGUCCUUCUAGGCUCGACAUAUAAUGCCCGUGGAGAGACGUCAAAAGGCUGGCUAUAUACAGGGUACGCUCUACGAAUGGUUUACGAUCUUGGUCUUCAUCUCGAUCCCAAGCAGACUACCGAAGACCCUGAAGAGAUUGAGAUCCGGCGACGGGUUUUCUGGGGCGUUUUUGUCUGCGAUAAACUCCAGAGUUUGUAUAUGGGUCGUCCAGUGGCUAUCAAUCUGCGGGACUCACAAGUAUCUCGUGAGUUCCUUGACUUGUAUGAGGAAAUGGAGCCAUUCUAUCCUUCAGUCUUGGCUACAGGCUCGUCAUCUAGACUUGAUGAAAACAUGGGCGAUGCAAUUCCGAGAUAUUCCGUUUCGACUUUUCAGCAAUUAUGUCUCCUCUCCAAGAUAAUGACGACAAUUAUCAAUCGCUUCUAUGUGGUUGGUGCGACCUUCUCAAACGCUCAGAUUGACCUGCAAAAGAUUGAGCAGGCCUUGCACCAGUGGCGACACAAGUUACCGUCGGAGCUAGAUUUUCAGCCAUGGUUGUCCACGAGCACUGCGGUUCAAACACCCAAUAUCAUGGUUCUUCAAAACGUAUAUUACUCUCUUAUCAUUCUCGUCCAUCGGCCAUUUAUAUCAGAUGAUCAUCUCCGAUCGACCGCCACGGCGGGACGAUCAUGGGAGCAAUGCACUGUGGCAGCAAGAUCCAUCACCAGUAUAGCCUCAGUCUACAAGUCAACCUACGGGCUUAACGGAGCUCCUUAUGUGCUUGCGUACACGGUGUAUGUGGCCUGCACAAUCCACGUCCGUAACGCAGCUUCCCAGAGCCAGACGCGUGAUCAUUUGACGAUGCUGAAGUCUAGUCUUGAGUGUCUGGAUGAACUAUGUACGGCGAACCCUGGUGUUGCCAAACCUGCAAACAGCAUCAGGCGCUUGAUUGAGGCUAACCACCUGAAUUUGGUUACCGAAGAACCGCACUCUUGUAGGCAAAAUGACAUGUCGUUCGACUUGGACAUCAUCCACAGCACGUUUUCAGUUAAUGAAUUAUCCAAUACGGGAUCCGAUAUGUUUCGCAUGGCCGAUUUUGAGUAUGCAAAGCGCCGUGCAUCUGCUGGGUUCUGCAAAGAUUCCAGCGGUGUCUUGAACUAUCCCGAGGCCAGGAGCAUCAACAACGACCAGAUUCCUAAGCCUAAAGUCAUUUACGCCGAUAGCUGUGGGUCCAAGUAUGGCAAGUGGUCUCUCUUCAACCAGGUAGAGAGCUGGCAGAUGGAGGUUGCUGUGGAGACAGUCAAGACAGGAACUACACUCAUAGAAAAUACCGUUCCUACUACUCGAUACGGCGAUUUAAAGACAGCAGACCUAGUGGAGAUUGAGGGCUUCCGAUCUACGGCUGCUGUGAUCCAUGAGUAUCUCCAUGGUAAAGCAUCAAGGCCAUUGUUGAUUGCAGUGUUUGGUCAGCCAGGUACCGGAAAGUCCUUCGGAGUGAAGGAAGUCAUCAAGACCGUUCUCAGCAGCUUUGGUAAGGGUCUCAAGAAGGACUGGAAGCCAAUUGAGGCUAAUCUUUCUCAGUUCAAGGAUCAGUCGGAUUUGUCAGGCAUCUUUGACGACGUCAGAGAUAUGACCAUAUCCGGUGAUAUUCCAGCGGUGCUUUUUGACGAGUUUGAUUCUGCUUUAGACAAGCAGGCACUCGGCUGGUUAAAGUAUUUGUUGGCUCCUAUGCAGGAUGGGAAAUAUCUUCAAUCCGGCUCUGUGCGAUCUUUGGGGCGAGCCAUUUUCGUUUUCAUAGGCGGAACAUCAAGCACCUUUGAGGACUUCACUGGAGAGAGCAUCAACAGUAAGAAGGAUGACGAAAGUCAGAGUCAAACCAAUGACGCACAGAGUUUGCAGAAACAAAAAUGGGCAAUUAAAGACAAAGGGGCCAAGAAGCCCGACUUUGUAAGCAGACUCAGCACCCACAUCAAUGUUGCAGGCCCAAAUAAGAGCGGCAACAACAAGGAUGACAAAAUGUGGGUCAUGCGACGAGCGAUGCUACUGCGAAACAUGCUAGAGAGGCGUCUUGGGACCAAGGAUAAAGCUGAUAAAUCCAUCAGCGUGGACGAGACUCUUCUUACGGCGCUAUUGAAGCAUGAGAAGAUUCCCCAUGGCAGUCGUUCAAUGGAGCUCCUUUUGCAAAUGAGCAGGCUUUCCGAAGGGCAGAAGUUUGACCUUUCCGCAUUACCAUCAGGCAACCAACUCGGCAUGCAUGUGGAUCUUGAAGAGUUCCAGAAGGACUUGGCAACGGCAUGUUUCGAGCAAGAUAUUCGUCCCAUUGAUACAGUGCUCUACAACAGGCAUAUGUGGUGUACCUGGGAGGCGAAAGAGAAUGUAGCAAAAAGUAAAGCCCAGCCUAUGCCGUCUGGCGAGACAUCUUCGCCUCAGAGAAAGGAACAGUUAGAUAUUAGUGUGGAAGAAUCCGGUGUAGGCCAAUCUGUUAUAAACCUCAUGGCAUAA